GCGUAGCAUCGCUCACCCACGCUUAACCAGCUAUUCAACAGGAGCGCUCGGCGGGUUGCACGGCGAACGAGUGUGUUGUGACUGGUUGGUGACUUUGACGUUUCACGUUCGGUGAUCUGCAUUGCGAAAGGACGGACGUACGUCGUACGAUAUUCGCGAGCGAGAGUCGCAGCGACGAUUGCAAAGCGCUCUCCGCUCCGAUCGUGAAUCAUGGCUGGUAUCGUACCGCUGUCUGGUAGAUCCGGCAGAAAACAGUGGACGCUGCACGAUGGACCUAAGGGUUCUCUUAGACGGCUACGCUCCCGAUUGGCGGAGGAUGGCUGUCCAGAAUCUCAAGUGAUUUUGGCUAAACAAUUGUUGGAGGAACGAUGCGAGCUUGACAUCGAUAAAGAGGAGAACGCAAAGUUGGGUGUGUAUUGGCUGACGAAAGCCUCAGAGCAAGGAAACCUGGAAGCAACUGAUAUCCUCAGGAAGUGCCUAGCCACAGGCCGCGGUAUCACCAAGCAUAACUAUUACGACGUGAAGAGCUGCCUAGACAUGACGCAAGACGAGAAAUUGGUUAGAAAAGCGGCGAGAGAAAUGUUCAUGAGCUUGUCAAAUGGCGAGGACUUUAUUACCAUGGAGCAGCUGCAAAGACGCAUGAGAAAUGUGUCAUCACCGUCGACCAGUAACUUUCACUCGAAUGACGUUUCUAGCAACUCGUCGCAAAAGGACAAUGAUAACGAUUGCUUCCCCAGAAACGGGCUUCCUGAUGACUCCGCGUCCGUGAAAGAUGAAGAAGCGAGUGACACUCAUGACUGGGCGAGUCAUCAAGGCGAGAAGAUCACGGAGGCCGCUCUAGUCUCCGCGGCUGCGAGCUACGCGCGUGGAAUGCUUCCGAUAGUUUCGCAUGCCCUGUGCAUGGUGGAUCCAGCCGAAUUGGCGUUGGACACGGUGCCGUUGCUGCAACGGCCAUUCGUUCACCCGCUUGCGUCGCUGAAGCGCCUUUACAGCUGGCUGGUUGAAACGCUAGGUCGCAAAGGGACGUCGAUCGGGAAGAUUCUCUUUACGUCAAAUCUGCACGUUCUCCUAUUACUCUUACUGUACUCCUUGUUUGGCACGGAGAGCCUAUUACUUUUUAUACCAAUGGCCUUCUAUUACUUAUCGUUCAUAGUUAUGGUGGUGGCCACUUUUCAAAUGCUGCAGCGGAAACGCGAAUUUAACGAUUUCCGCGUGUGGUCGGGCCUGUUCUUGAGCUACUCGGGCGGCAAUCUAAACCCCGAGGAAGCGGAGUACCAGUUCUGUCGUAACAAUCUGAAACCGUACGGUCAUUUUUUCCUCGCGUUGCUACUGAACUUGAUGAUCUAUCCGCUGAUAGCUCACCAGUGGACUCCGCAAUCCGAAUUUACCAUAAUGGCGGUCGCUCUCACCCUCAUCACGCUUUUCAGUUUCAUGUGGAAGACCUCGUCGCGGUUUCCCGACUUCCUAGCCCUCUUCAGCUUUGGCGUGCACGUUCUCGCCAAGUACCCCUACGAGACGGACAUGGUUGUCGCGCAGGGUUGGAGAUUCCUGGAUAUCAGAGUGCCGACGUUUGCGUCGUACGUAGUCGGCAACGGCAUCGAAUUCUGCCUGAACUUUCGUGCGGUAUUUUAUCUUCUGAUACCGGCAGUCUUCGCGAAGAUGGCCGCGAGAGACGGUUGGCGUGGCACGUAUCGAACUUUGAUACCUCAUUGCGUUACCCUGAGCUGGUGGCAGAUAGCGAUCUUCAGUUCUCAAGGUGCCACGUGGUACGGUCUAAUCAGAGGCGCUCUCGCGCUUGUCGGUAUGGUCUUGUUUCUUCCAAUUGCUAGUAUAGCCUCGAUUAUCUUGCCGAUCGUUGCCGCUGCCAAAUAUUUGUCAGAAAACGACUUGGCAAUGAGAAUAGCGGUUACCGCUCUACUCGGAGGAAUGCCAUUCUUGGCUUCGUGGUAUCUGAGGAGAACCAGAGCGCCAAGAUUCAAUUGGAUCAUUACACUUGUCCAGAUUGCUCUCGGCGUUGGCGCUGCGACGUUCUUAUUGUGGCCGACGAUAAUGGAGUAUAAACAGGAAUCCGACGUAGCAUCAUACGACGUUUCCACCUUAACGUGGGAUCAGUAUCAGAACUAUUGCCAUCAACCUGCCUGGGAGGAGUUGUCAUCGAAAGCGCAAGUGCAGGUGCAGUGCACUCAGUUGGAGGGCGUACCGAUCUCGUGGGAAGGCUACGUGACGAAUAUCAAGCUGAAAUCGAUCAAGAACAACAUGGCUGUCGUCCUGAACAAAUUGCCCGACAAUAUUAAAGCAAUACUCAGUUGCAUGUACGGAGAGCCGUAUCAGGAGGACUGCAAUUCCGGCGACGAGACUCGUAGGAAGAACUGCAAGCACAUCACGAGCAUCCAAAAGAAGAAAAGCAAGUGCCAUCUUCUGGCUUGGAAUCAGUACGAGUUCGAGAUUUUCGUGAAAAUGAAAAACGGCAUAUGGGGAAGCACGACGGAGAUACGCCUUGUCGCGGACCAUUCUUUCACCAAUUUCAGCCUGAACAUAUAUCCGGGCGACAAGAUUUGGUUUUCCGGCACGCUUCUGAACGACGGCUUGGAGAGAGAAUCUCUCCUCGGCGGCACCGAUCCACACGUCGAUCUGGAGGCAGCGGGAUGCCUCGCGUGCAACUCUCUCGAGUUAAACACGUCUUACAAACGUCACAGGUAUCAUAUUAGCUUAAGCUCUAUCAUUGGAGAUCUUUGUCUCAGCGUGAAGACUGUAUUGAACUUUUUGUUAAAUCCGAUCGUGAUGUUCAAGUAAUCACGAUUCUAUGUGAUUGAAUUCCCCCAGAUCUCUUUGGAGCUUCUUAGACCUGAUGAAUCGGUAUUACUACCUUAAUGGCUAUCUAUAUUGUUAUAAUUAGUUUAAUAUGACCUGUCUUAAAGAUAAAUUACCCUGCUAGGAAAUUUUCAGAUUGGGGAACGAGUAAAAUUUAAGAAAGCAGGAUUAUGUAGUAUUUAAUAUACGCUAAGAAAAUGUUUUUUAUAAAAUAUACAGUUCGUGCAGCGUAAAUCACAUGCUCCGUUUAUUCUAAAAGACAUAUUUUCGCGUCGUAAAACUGAUAAAAGAUUUAAGUUUUCGGCGCAACAACGUGACGCAACUGAUGACGUUUUAAUUUGCUGAAUAUCAUUUUUACACGUAUAAUGUCCUUAAUAUAAUCUACGCAAUACCAUCUAUUACACUAGAUAACUACGCAAUGUACAGUACAAUUUGAAAGUUGAGAGAAAAAAACUUUGUUACGUCAAUAACAUUAUGCGAAGUAUAAGUAAAGGCAGCAUUUUUCUUGAAUGUCUGACACAUAUGUAUGUCAUAUGUAUGUUAUAUGUGUGUAUGAUAUGAAAGUAGAAAAUAGUGCGUUUCGAUGUUACCGACGCCUCAGGCAGCAUAUAGUAGUUACGUUAGGCUUUCAUAAGUAAAUCAUAAUCUGCUUCGGAAUAUUAACAUAUAUUUUAAGAUCGAUAUAUUUUCCUAAGCAUUACUGCCAACAAAAAAAAAGAGAGAGAGGGAGAGGAAUGCUUAAUAUUUUUGUAUUCCGUUUUCGGAGACUGAUUGGAGACGAGACCUUGUUUUAAUAUUGUAAGUUGUAAAAAUUGCAUUUUUAGGUUUAUAGAAUAUAUAUACAUAUUAUCAUUCAUUAGAAAACGAUGAAAUUUUAGUUUGUACGGCGAGCUAGGCAGUAUGCAACCUAUGUAAUGUACUGUAAAUAAUUUUAGAUUAUUUAGCAAGCUAUUCUUAUGUGAAAGUAAAAUAUGAUGUUUAUAGAAAAUAUUGUGUAGUGGCGACUAAACAUGAAGAGCACUCUGUUAGGAUAUCGUGAAACUCGGUUACUAAAGUGAUGCUCUUCCGAAGGACUAGACACGUAUGUACAAUAUGAACAGCAACAUCGAUGUUAAGUGUUUAGAUCUACUAGAAUUAUAAAUGAGCAUAUCUGUCUGUAGAGCUAAAGACACUUCCAUCACGUUGUAUCGUACAAGGAUAUAGGAACUAAAACGAGAGGAAUGAUAGUAAAAAGAUAAAACAAGACAUGGAUGUGCCUUCGUAUUUUCUGUUUAAAUAAUUUUAUCGUUGAUGAUAAAAAUAUAAUCUAUUUCCGCUUCCUCAAAGCAAACAAAUUAAACGAGUUAAAAUGUGUUAAAACAUCACGAAUUCUUACAUUCUGAUGUACAAAUGUAUAUUUUUGUCAACGUGUAGUAAGAAAUCUAGCGCAGAGUUAAAAAAAUACCUCGUUCCAAUAUAUUAAUAAGUGAUAAGUUUUAAUACUCUCGUACCUCGUAUAGAAAAGAUGCUUUUUGGUUUAGAAUUAUAGACAUAUUUAUUUAUAUUUGGCAACAGAUCAUGAUACAUUAUUGUUUCGAAUGAUAACAUCAUCUCGAUAACAAGAUUGUUUAUUAAAUGGCUUGGUUCCCUUUUUUCUCAAUUUCCAUAUAAAAAAACUACAAUACAGAGAGUUAUAUUAUGUAAUUACUUUAUAUCGAGAUACAAUAGAAUCUCCCAUAUUGCGUAUUUUAAUGCAUUGCACUCGCAUGCAGUGUUAGUACGUGUAUAACAGUCUGUUUAAAAUCAUGGACUCGAAGAUCAUUCGUGAACAACUGCGGAUGUAAAUUUGUUUUUAUGCAACGUGGGAGCUUCGUGUAUACUUUAAUUUCCUGUAUGUACAGAUAAAAAACCUAUAUUAAUAAAGUCUUUUUUUCGC